AUGGCCCCUUGGAAUAUCUGGUGGCAGUAUCCUAGUGAGAAAUGGCUGACAUCUUUCUUUAUGAUAUUUGGAUAUGUUUGUAUGCGAUACCGUUUCAUCGGAGGUCUCACUUGGGAACUAGUCUUGGAAAAUAAUAGAUGGUCUACCUUCGUAGAGCAGAUUAACUGCCUCAGUGGUGUAGUGGCUAGCAUGUACGGCUGCACACCCGGAAGUCCUGGGUUCGAGUCCCGGGUCAGGCCAAGUUUAGUUAUUGCUUCUUUCUGUAUAUACCAUCAUAUGAUAAACUUUCUUAAAUUCCGCGGAGCACCGCCAUUGUUGGUAAAACAAGCGAUGCUUUACAAACAAAACUUGUGGAAAAUGAAAGAUGGAAUUCUAACCACUUCCCAUUUACAAAAGCUACCUUUGCCUUUGCAAAUGGAACUUAUUUUUGAUAUAAACGUUGAACAUUUCCAUGAUUCUCUAUUAUUGAGAGACACUGAAGAAUCAUUUAUGCGUCACAUAUCACUAUAUAUGAGACAUGAGCUUUACUUAACUGGCCAGCACAUAUGGAACCAAGAUGUAGUUAAAAGUGGAAUGAUAUGUAUUAAGCGAGGUGUUGUAGAAAUGUUAUCAGACGAAGAUGAUGAGAGUCCUAUGAUUGCCUUUAAAGAAGGAACUAAAGAUAUAAUAAAUUACGACGAAAAAGAUUCGAGAUUGCUCAGAACUCGCUAUAGACCUAUGAAAUUACUUAAAGAUUAUUUAGCAGGAGUCGAAGAAGAAGAUCCCACGUUUAUUGAUGACUCCCAUAUGUACUACAAAGAUAAAGAUAACAUAAGACAGCGUAAAUUUACCACUGAAUAUUUAGAAUUGUACCAAAUGUCCACAAAUGUGACCACUGUGGAGGAACCUAAAAUAUGCCUUCGGGCGACAUUUCCUUGGAUACUUGAACCAAACACCGAUUUCACGAAUAUGUUCGAUAUUGCGCAUUUUAUAAUGGUUUUAUACGUUUGUAUAAUGUGUCCUCAUCUAGCGACCGACCCCUUCCAGUCGGACUGGGAAAGAGUUGUUAAUACAAUAGUGACAGCUGGCUUGAUACUAAAUAUUUACAUACAAAUUACUACAGCGGUCAUAGAAAAAAAUGUCAGAAAAGAAACAGUGCGGGAGAUAGCCGAGGAAAAAAUGGCUACAGUUGGCUUUUAUCUAGAUGUUCUCUCGGUUUUUCCUAUUUAUAUAUUUAGUAACACAUUAGAUCCCAGCGACGAAUCGAUUAUUUCACAAAUAGCUCUGGUGUGUCCUAUUCUACAAGUGUGGCAUAUUUGGGAUUACUUCGAUAAAUGGCAAAGGAAUUUUAAUAGCAACGCCAAGGUUGUGGUUCUCUUUAUGUUGGGAGCUUAUUUAACGUGCUUCUACAACGCCAAGAUAUGCUCUAUUUACGUUUUAUCAACACAAAGGAAAUUGAAGUUUAAGGAAUCGAUGCGAGAGUUGUUCUACUUCCUCUCAGUAAACCACGUGAGCGGCAAAAUCAAAGCUCGAGUGAAAAAGUUCUUUUGCGUUCAAUGGUACUAUAACAGCGCCGUGUUGAAUGAAGAAAUAUUUAAAGACAUGUCAAAUAAUAUAGAACAAGAGAUUUUGUCAUUGGAAAUGAUUGAAAAACUCCUUUCUUGUCCAUUGUUUCAGAAUUGCAGUCGUGACUUCUUACAAACUGUGGCGUCUAAUUCCAAAACAAUAGUACUACCUGACAAUGAAAUAGUACAACAUGCAGCUGCAGUAGCUGAGUAUAUUCAGGUAUUCUACUGGGUAUUUGAAAUAUUUGUUGGGUGCGGGUGUACUGCAGCAACCGUUACCAAUACAUCGAAUCAUUGGUUGAGUAUGGUGUUGCAAAUAUCAGGAUUUCUGUACUUCGCACAUAUGUUCGGUUACAUCGCCUCUACAGGAUCCGCAGCAUCUCAUGCUUUAUUGGCUCAUAAUGAAAAACUACAGGAUUUGUCAGAUUUUUUGUAUCGAGAAAAUGUGGAUCCGAUGUUGACUAUAAAAACUUUGAAACAUUUCGAAUACGUCUGGAAAAGAACUCACGGCAGCGAUCCACAGAAAAUUUGUCGAGGUCUAAACUCUGCGUUAAUGGAAGACACGCUUGUUUUCAUGUACGAGAGGGCGCUUCGCGAAGUGCCGCUAUUCGGCAAAGUAGAACGCUCUUUCAUAAGGGUCAUUACACAACAUCUUCACGAGAUGUAUUUUCUUAAAGGCGACACUGUUGUGCAAUGUAAAGACAUACAGACAAACGUUUGUAUUAUUUAUAGAGGAAAGGUUGAUGUUUUGAGUUCAUACAAUGAAAUGAUUACGUGUAUGGGCCCUGGUGGGAUGUUUGGUAAUUUUUCAGGACAAUCUAUUUCUAGCUCUGAAGUCGCAAUUUAUGCGAGCAGAAAUUUAGACUUACUGGUGUUACCUUCCCAAACUUUCUUUAAUUUAGUCAAAUACUAUCCUAAGAUACAAGAGCCAUUGAACAAGGCGUUUAAAGUAUCAAAAGAUUACAUCCUCCCCAUUUCUAUGGAUAACAUCGAAGACGACUCCUCAGAUUCUGAUUUAGACUUACUAUCGCAAGAUUCUGCAUUUGAUUCCAGAAGUGGUUCUACUAGAUAUGACAUGGCGGGU